GGGCUGGGUGUGGUGUUACUAUAAAAGACAAGAAUUGAUCCUCCAAAGAUCAGUGUUCGGUACUCAAUUGGAAGUUUUGUGUUAAGCGACAAAAAUCGUUCCGGUAACAUAGAAGUCCAAGUUGAUAGUAAACCUACAAAAAUGUACUCAAAAAUGAUCACUGUUCUGGCUUUGGCCGCCGUAGCAAUUGCGGCGCCUCAGCAUCAGGAAGCUGCCCGAUACCCAGCUGGAGUAGAUCCAGCUGCUUGCCCAUCAUACCCGAACUGCGACAACGCUGCUCUGCACAACAAGAACCCACACAACAAUCAUGCUGCUAACCACUGGAACCCGAACUGGAAUGCGGCUCCACAGCCAGCCUGGAAUGCAGCCCCUCAGCAUGCCUGGAAUGCUGAACCAAGCUGGAACGCUGCCCCACAGCCUGCCUGGAAUGCACAGCCUGCCUGGAAUGCACAGCCUUCCUGGAAUGCACAGCCUGCGUGGAAUGCUCAUGCUCAGCCAAGCUGGAAUUCAUAUCCGGCUGUAACUGGGCCUGCUCACAACCAUCUGGCUGCUCCUGCUCCGUCUGCCGGUGGUGACAAGUACCCGGCUGGUGUGAACCCGCACAGCUGCCCGAACUACCCAUUCUGUGAUAACUCUGCCCCAGCUGGAGCUCCCCAUGCUGCCCCUCUGCCAGGAUAUACUGAACGACAGUACCCAGCUGGAGUGUCCCCACACAGUUGCCCAAACUUCCCAUACUGCAACUAAACUGUGAUCUGUGCAUUUUGUGUAGCUAGAUACUCAUGCUAACAUUUCAUUAUGUCCCAGAACACAUCGUUUAUUUUCCAGUUCUAGGACAGUUCCCUUUUUGUCACCCACAUACACUGCCAUGCUUGUUUUGUGUAAAUAAUGUUCCAUAGGUUUGUGAACCAUUGAUGUUGAUGUGUCUGCGAUAAGAUGUGUAGAUUUGUGAACCAUGUUUGUGUUGUGCAGAAAAGAUAAGAAUUUAAUUGAAAUUAAACGCAAAUUGAGAUUUAA